UUAUCGAGAGUCGGUAAAGUAGAAAGUGAUUCAAACGGGAUAAGUAGUAUUUUACUUCCUUAUACCUCUUUGCUCCGCAUGAUCCCCGCGUAUCAGGAGCGAUUUCUCGAGCCCUAAAUCUCGGAUUUCUUUCCGGAUUCUAACCUCAACCUUAGUGCUUAAUAUCUCGAUUCUCGGGGCAGAUCGACAGUUUUUUCGGUUUUUUCUACCAGAUUCGUUCGUUUCGUGUGAAAACGCGUUGAAUUAGUCUAAUUUCGUCACAAUCGGAGAUGCUGGGAUAUUUUGAAUAGUUACAUUAACCAUUACCUUUACAACUUUCAUUUUUUAAGUUCUAAGAAAUAAUCUAAAAAUUAAGACCGUCAAAGCGUUAAAGCAAACGAUCGAUUUGGUCGAUCAAAUUUGUUGUCAAUCUGCUAGCAUCUUUGCUUGAAAGAUGCAUAUGCCGAACUUAUUUUUAUAUUUCUUAUUGAUCCUGCAGAAAAUAACAAAAUUGAACAUUAUUCAAGUUAAAUGACAUUCUUUCUAAAUUAAAUUUGUGCUAUGCAUCGUAUAUCAAAGUCAUCAAUUUAUACAUAGAUUGAAAGUGCAGUAUGUAUCAAUCGUUAUAUAGACCAAUGUCGACAGCGGAUUCUGAGGAAAUCGAAUAUUUCUUUGCUUUUAAACAUGUCUGGAUGAAAGUGGCCCAUUUUCCGACCUCCAUCUAUAUACUCUGAUUAGAGUACAGGGACAGAUUGUAAGGGACGGAUUGACGAAUGCUGGAGAUGAAGUCCCGAACCCAGCUCUUCCGCUGGAAGACGUCAAGAUUGUAGAUGUCGAUUGAGGUGGAGGUAUAUCGGCUGAGCGUCUAGCAAGAAUAGGCGCGCGAGUGACUGGAACAGAUGCAUCGACGAAAUUAAUGUUGCUAAAGAGCAUGCGAAAUUGGAUCCCGAUGUAUUGGAGAGACUGAACUACAUUCAAACAACCAUAGAGGAUUUUUCCCAAAAAAGGCGAGUUAUAUGAUGCUGUUGUGGCUUUUAAGAUUUUGGAGCAUGUAAAAGAUCCACAAUUAUUUUUAAAGAAUUGCGUGAAAAUUUUAAAACCUGGUGAGUCAUUUUUUAUAACUAUGGAAAACAGAAUCCUAGCUUCUUGGUUGGUUGUGAUUGUAGCAGAAUACAUUUUUGGAAGAAUACCACCUGUCGGCACUCACAAAUGAAAUAAAUUCAUCGCUCCUUAUGAAUUUCAACGUAUAUAGGAUGAUUAUGGAUGCAAAACGAGAUUGAUUCAUGGACUAAAAAUUAAUCCACUUUUAAAACGAUGGUCUUGUAUAAUAAUUUUUUAUGGACUCCAUGCACCCUAAAUUAUUAUAUUAAUAUUUACAUUCAAAGAAUCUACCUAAGAUAAUUAAAUGAAACUUAAUGAUACUUUCUGUUAAUAAGAAAGAUAAGUAAAAAAUUUAGAAUUUAUGUUAAAUUUUAAUGAAAUUAACUUUUAUGUUUAAAUUCAAUGCUACUUAUUUCCCUUGAGCAAUAUUUUUAAUGCUAUAGAUAAGUGAGAAUUAAGAGGUCUGCAAUGAGAAAGAUAAAUAAAUAGAACCAAAUUGUUGCAGCGGCUAUCACGGUUGUGGAAUGGUUCCAAUGGCUUACUCACGGGUAAGCAUGCCGGACAGAAAAUGAUAUCCAUUUUGAGGAACAGGUUCCCACAAGCUCAACUGAUUAAAGUUGCUCUUGUAUCAGGCAGAUGCAGUGCCAUGCUUGACAUAAAUGUUGUUGCCCCAGAAUUCAAGGGACUGAAUACCAUCAAGCAACACCAAAUUAUUAAUGAGGUUCCUAAGGAAGAUAUCAAAGACAUUCAUGGCCUCUGAAUACGUACGAGUAUCCCGUAGGCGUGAAUUUUAUUUUUUGGACGAUUGUUAAAUUAAUUUUAUAGAGGAAAUAUGUUAAUAUACUUAUUUUAUUGAAUCUAACGAUGGACAUCCGAUUCCCUCUUUCAAAAGUUUUGGUUAGGAUUUUCGAAACUGUCUUGAAUAAUUUAGAAUUUCUAGAUUUUCUUCCCAUAUUCAAAAUAAUUAGUUGUAAAACGAGUUUAUUAUUGGAACUCUAUAUUUAAAAUUUGGAGAUCAUGCGCAUGUUAUAUAUAUAUUUUAUAAGUUGUAAAUUUAAACAAUGAUAUAUGUGACAUGGUUUAAGGAAUAUAUUUCUUACACCAUGAUAUGUGAUAAAAAGAGAUUUAUAAAAAAAUAUAAGUGAAAUAAGAGUAAUAUUGGAAUAAUUAA